GAAAGCUCCCUCCUCUUCCCAUCGUCCAUCUCCCCCCCCCCCCACCCCCGGCAUGCCCCGCUACCUCCGGAUAUACAUCGCCGUCGCCGCACUCGCCCUCCUCGCCGCCGUGCACUACCACCUGCAGCCGUUCUCCCUCGCAAGACGCCGCACGCCCUCCACCGCACAGUCGUACCCCCUCGGUCUGUCGGCAGAAGACGGCCAGCUCGUCGACAGCGCAGGCCUUGUUGUUGACGAGAAGGGCCUGGUAUCCUACUCGCCGGGCCAUGCGGCCAGACAUCCCGUCGAGAUACUCAUCGAACGGGGCAAAACGCUGGCAGACGAGACGGAGAGCAAGAUCGCAAGUGUCAAGUCUCUGAAGGAUUCCGCAAUGGACUAUGUCACGGCGUUUGGCAUGAAGCCGCCCCAAGGGUUUGAGGCAUGGUAUGCCUAUACGCAAAGCGUGCCUGCACCUCACCCGCUUUCUAUCCCCUCACUUAUCCCUCUUGCCCAUAGACCCAUGCUUCCUUUCCUUUCCCACUCAGCUUCAAUAUUGCGUGAGCGGGUUGAGGCGCUACGUGAAACUGCCGAGUCCAUCUUUACAUUGACAUUCGUUCCUGAUGGCCAGGGAGAUCGAGGUACAGCCUGUACGGCGAAUGAAAAAUGGAAUAAAAUGGACUGGCGCGUAAGGGGCAAGGGCAGGGUGCUGGUCAGAGGUGCGGCCGGCUGGAGCUGGAGGUGCAACAAUACUCUGUCUCUCCUCUUACCAUUACUCCCUCUCAUGCCUGAAAAAAUGUUCAGCCAUAAUCCUCCACUGGAGCUCGCUUUUUCUACCGAAGAUGGGCCUCGCGGUUUGGUCCACAACACUUUCCGAGAACGAAGCGAAAACUUGGCCCGUGCAGGUAGAUUAUGGCCAAAAAGUCAACUGCACCAGGCCGAACAGGCCAUGAGAUGGACUUAUGGGUUUUCCUGGUCAUGUCCCGAACAUACCCCUCUCAAAGAUCAUGCCGCAGACGUGAUCCUUAAUGAUUUACCCGACAUCGUGUCUGCCCAAUCACAACAUGUAAAGGAACCCAAGACAUUUAUCGCCGAUUUUGACAGGAGCGUAGAUUAUUGCGUGAACCCUGAUCUUAUGAAUUCUCAUAACAUGCUAUUAUCCGAUCAGAGUAUAGCAGCAGCGAAUCUCAUUCCUGCUUUGGUCGCCUGCAAAACCAAAUGGAAUUCAGAUCUUGUGGGCGUACCCCUCGAUGGUGUUUACGAAACUGUCAAAUUUGUUCCCUGGGAAGACAAGGAGGUCAGCAAAGCAUUCUGGCGAGGUUCAGCCACAGGCCUCUUCCACGACAAGAACAAACCAUGGCGCCAGUCUCAGCGUGAACGUCUUCACUGGUUCGGCACCAACAUGACCGGCACCGUCCCCUUGCUCUUACCCGAUGGAUCGAUCAAGGAUUGGGACCGGGCCGAUUUGGUGGAUAAGUGGUUGGAUAUUGGGUUGAGCGGUGGGCCGACACAGUGUGAUGCCGAGGACGGAAGUUGUGCUGCGAUGGCCGAGGAAAUCGAUUUCAAAAACCGGGUCACUAAACAAGACGCUAUCAAAUAUAAAUAUGUCAUUGACGUGGACGGUAACGGUUGGAGCUCGAGGUUUAGGAGGCUGUUACAGGGUAACAAUGUAGUCUUCAAGAGCACUCUUUAUCCUGAAUGGUUCCAUGAAAUACUAAUUCCCUGGUACCACUAUGUUCCCACAAAACUCGACUACUCUGACGUCUUCGACACCCUGGCCUUCUUUCAAGGAUCACCUGAUGGCAGUAUCCCAGGUCGGGACGAUCUCGCCAAAGAGAUUGCCGGCCAUGCGUACAAAUUCGUGCAGGAAAGAUGGAGGGAAGAGGAUAUGAGGUCGUUCAUGUACCUCCUCAUUUUAGAGUACUGGCGUUUGAUGUCUGAUGAUAGGAAAGCGGCUUCGUAUCAGGGGUGAUUUAGGGGGUUUUUUUUAUAGGAUUCAAUAGGUUCGUAUAGAUUAGUCUUUGGGUUUACAUUUUUAUAUGAAGGACGUUC